GUUUUCUCCUUCUCCUUUUCUCUCGCUGUCUCUUCGCGUCCUAAAACCCUAGCUCUCCCUCUCGCCUCCGCAAUGGCGACCGCUGACGGCCAGCCCCAGCCCGUCGCCACCGAGCCCUCCCCCUCCCCGGCUAAGCGCAAGCCAGACACCGACCCCGACCUCUCUCCUCUCGACCCGGCCCCGAAGGCCGCCCGCCUCGACGCCGACGAGGAGGCCGCCGCCGAGGCCAAGGCCCGGGCCGCUGACAAGGGGAAGGGUAAGAUGGUGGUCGAGGAGGAGGACGAAGGCGACGAGGAAAGCGACGACGAGGACGAGGAGGUCGAGGAAGGUGGCGACGACAGCGACGGCUUCUGCGAGGACCCCCUCACUGAGGUCGACCUCAACAACAUCCUUCCCUCACGUACCCGCCGUCGUGCGGCUCCGCAGCCCGGGGCGUACCUGGUGCCGCCAGAGGAGGCGGAGGAGGACGAUGACGACGAGGACGCCGACAUCGGCAUGGCUCCCGAGGAGGAGAGUGAGGGAGAAGAGAGCGAUUAGGGUCGCCGUGAUGCUAACUCACUAGCCAAUGCUUUCGUCUCGCGCUUGUGAUGCACAGAAAUGUUUGUAUGAACUGUUUGCUUGCGGAAGUACAAUAUCUGCGCUGAUUGCAUCCAAUUUAGGCCUUUAACUACUGAACUCAUGAACUCAUGUAUUUCUGCAUUUAAUUUCUCAAGCAUCGUCUAAUUCCUAUAUCUUGUCAAUUA